ACCUACUCUCCCACCAUCCAAGCAAGCCAACAGAAACCUGAUCCUGAAGGCCAUAUCUGAGGCUCAGGACUCAAUCACCAAAACUACAGCCUACACAUCAUUGCCUCAGAGACAGACUGUUCCCGUUGCACCUCGCACUCGCUUGGCCAGCAGUGAAGAGAUGACUGCAGCCAUCCAGCUGGUUCAGGAGCACCUGCACAGCCUGGCCCCCCGGGUGCAGACGUACACCGCCACAGAGCUCCCUGCCUCCAGAGCAACACCUCCAACCAGAUCGUUAGCUUCACGCCUUCAGUUAGAGAGCAGCGAUAGGAGAGAGCAGAACGAACAUGGUGUUGCAGCAGCAGCUGCUGAGUGUGAACAAAAGCCUUUUGACACCCGCUCCUUCAUAAUGAGUCGACCCGUACUGGAGGAACCUCCGGUCAGAAGUCCGCAGCAGGUCCAGUCUGCGUUGCCUCGUACCGUUCAAGCCAGGGAGGGAGUUGACUCCUCAUCCAGCCCAAAGUUCAUAGUGACGUUAGAUGGAGUACCAAGCCCCAUGGGGAACCUCACAGAUGGAGACAUGGAGCUGGAUGAUGUGAGACCACCCACAAAGGUCACCGAGGCAGCUGGGAAUGUCCACAGAGAGUCUAAACUCAGCGUCCUGCACAGAUUACAGGCAGUUCCAGCAUCAUCAGAAGAUGAAGGAAUGGACGUUGAGCUGGCAGAUGAGGACGCUGUUCCUGUGAAGAAGCAGAAGGUGUUGGAGCGCUGCAAGUUCUGGCCCGUGUGCAAAAGUGGAGAUGAGUGUUUGUACCAUCACCCAACAACCCAGUGCAAGACUUUCCCCAAUUGCAAGUUUGGGGAGAAAUGCCUCUUUGUGCACCCUAACUGUAAAUACGACGCCCGUUGCACCAAACCAGACUGUCCUUUUACUCACGUCAACCGUAGAGGCGUUGCCGCUCCUCCACUCAGACCAGCAGUGCAGUCAGCGCAAACUACAAGUGUGUGCCGCUUCUUCCCAGAGUGUAAAAAGAUGGACUGUUCAUUUUACCACCCAAAGCCUUGCCGCUUUGCAACGCAGUGCAAACGAGCCGGUUGUACCUUCUACCAUCCAACGACGGUUGUGCCUCCCCGACACGCCCUGAAGUGGACUAAAGCACAGAGCAGAUCAGUACAAGCAAUGCAAUAUUAAAGAAUAAUAAAUAUUGAAUUUCUGUUAAAAUAAUGAUUUUUCUCUUACUGUAUAGGUCACAUUUGCUCAAAGUGUUUAUGUAAAACAAACCAAUCAAAUCUGCUUGGUUCUAGAGGCUUAAUGAUUCCUCAAAACAGAAUUCAUAAACUCAAACAGUAAAAUAAAGACAUUUUUCAACAAAUGU